UGUGUGUGUGUGUGUGUGUUUGAUGGCGCCGUUGGGCUGCGAAACGGGCACCGGGUGUGAUGUGAGCGGUUCGGGGAACGGGAGAACAGCAGGGUUGCUGCGGACCGUCGCUUCUUCGGACCGGAUUCACGAAGCAUUCGACGGAUAAAGGCCACCUAUGGAAACUGGAGACCAGAAUUUUAGGAAAAAGUCAAGCGAGUGAUUUCACGUUUCAUUUUUUUUUUCUUUUUCUAAUAGGCUAUCCGCUUUUUUUCUUUAAUAAUCACCAGGAUGGAUUGAUUUCACUCACGCGUCGCAACCCUGAAUGAUUUUCACGCCGAACUGUUUUUGAAUCCAUUCUUGGAAUAUCAGAUUGAUGGAUGCGCGAGCGCGAGCUCCUCUGCUGGACCGGCAGCGGUUCGGAAACCUGGAGCCUUCGGUCUCUCCCUCGUGCCCUCAGUAGACAGCUGCUGGAUCGGAUCGAGAACAGGCCAGAUUGAGUGAAGAUGAGUUUAUCGUUUGCCAGUGUGUCGCUUUCCCCUGACAGCACACGCACAUCGUCUACUUGACCUCUGCGUUUACAUCUGCAAUACCUCUACGAGAUGUCUUUAGACUUAGAAUGUAUGUAAAACUGACAUCUUACAGAUGUUUGUACACAGCAGAUGCUUUCCAGAUCAGAUGUGCUAUCUGGGUCGAGUUCAUCACUUGAUGAGUUGCAUUAGUGUUUAAGUGUAGGAGGAAGCGGCCUGCCUUUGUCUUCCUUCUCCUUCAGUUCACAAACCCUCGAGGGCCCUCGCCCUGAUUCUUCUUAUUUUUCGUCCCCUUAAAUCCACAAAUAUUUAUUUCCUAUACAUCAAGAGGAAAGGGGGCUCCCCUUUCGUGGAAUGCGGCAACAUGGGUGUGUUUGAGCGCGGCGUCCAGAUGCUGCUGACCACGGUGGGUGCCUUCGCCGCCUUCAGUCUGAUGACCAUUGCUGUGGGGACGGACUACUGGCUCUACUCGCGCGGGGUCUGCAAAAUAAAGACUACUAACGAGAACGAGACCAGCAAGAAGAACGAGGAGGUGAUGACCCAUUCUGGCCUGUGGAGGACCUGCUGUCUGGAAGGUAAUUUUAAAGGCAUGUGUAAACACAUCGAUCACUUUCCUGAAGAUGCCGACUAUGAAGCCGAUGCAUCAGAGUAUUUCCUGCGUGCGGUUCGUGCCUCCAGUAUUUUCCCCAUCCUCAGUGUCAUCCUGCUGUUCAUGGGUGGCCUGUGUGUCGCCGCCAGCGAGUUCGACAAGACUCGACACAACAUCAUCCUCAGCGCGGGAAUCUUCUUCGUAUCCGCAGGUCUGAGUAACAUCAUCGGGAUAAUCGUUUACAUAUCAGCCAACGCGGGCGACCCGUCCAAGAGCGACUCGAAGAAAAACAGCUACUCGUACGGCUGGAGCUUUUACUUCAGCGCGCUGUCCUUCAUCAUGGCGGAGAUGGUGGGCGUUCUGGCCGUUCACAUGUUCAUCGACCGGCACCGGGAGCUACGCGUGGCUCGCGCUCGGACCGGCGGAGGAGGAGACUAUCUGCAGGGAUCCGCCAUCAGCAGAAUCCCCAGCUACCGCUACCGUUACCGGCGCAGCUCGCGCUCCUCCAGCCGCUCCACCGAGCCCUCGCACUCGCACGACGCUUCACCCGUGGGACUCAAGGCGUUCGGAGCGCUGCCCUCCACCGAUAUCUCCAUGUACGCGCUGAAGACUCCACACGGCACGCCACCGAUGUACAACUCCGAGAGAGAGCCGGACUUCCUACAGGUGCACAACUGCAUCCAGAAAGACUCCAAAGAUGCCAAUCGUCGCACCACACCUGUAUGAGACACAGCGCCCCCUGCAGGUGAUGAUGAUCUGAUGAUGACGACGAGUUUACAUGUUCCAAGUCUCAAAAAAGAAACGUGAAAUGCAUGAUUUUCUUAUCUUCCGUAAACUAACACGUUUUCAACCGCGUGAGGAAUCGGAGCGACAGCGUUUGGACUGAGAGCUCUUGAAAUCUCUUUUCUUCAUGUUUGUUUCAUUUUGUUGCGCAUAAAUACUGUGAAUCUUCGUGGCCGCUGUGAACCCAGGGAAUAGAAAACGAUCCCACUAACUGGCCGCGAUUUAUAUGUCAUUAUAAACAUAUUAAUGAUACAUGACUAUAUAAAUAUAUAUGAAAAGAUACAUACAUGAAUAUAUGAACAUUGUUAAUAAACCACACAUAGACUUCUUGAUUCAAGAAGACGCAAAAAACAAAAGAGCA